AUGAAUAGUGGAACUAGCGGAAUAUUGUUAAUAAAAAAUAUAGAAGAGAAAUCGUUAGAAUGCAGAGAAGGCAACGAAAUUCUUGUUCUAAAGUUGUGUGAUUUGUGUAACUGUAUUUAUCCUAUAUAUAAGAAAAUAUUUGGCGAUGGGAUUAUAGCAGAUAUGUUAAUAAAAGACUUGAAAAAUUCCUCAAGCAAAGUUCAAAAGGCCGUAGAGAAAAUUCCUGAAGAAAGUAAAUAUGUUUCAACAAUGUAUUCACACAAUUUAAAAAAGUAUCAAAAUUUGCAAAAAUUAAAAAGCGACAAAGAUAAUGGAAUAGUGAAUUUCCUAUGGAUGAAAAGAGCAAUCGAAUUUAUUGUAAUUUUUCUCGAAAAGUGCUAUGUGACAAAUAGUACAUCCAAAUUAAAUGUGUGUGCGAUGGACACGUAUGAUCAAGUCUUAAAAAAUUAUCAUGGUUAUGCAACAGGGAAAAUUGUUAAAUUGGCACUUAAAUUGUCACCAUCUCGGGAAGUUUUAACAGAAAGACUUGAAUUAGGAUCUGAUGAACAAGCAAAAGAUCACUUGCAGAAGUGUCUUUCUAUAAUAAAAUUGUUGAUAAGUGACAUUUCGAAAACAAUAGAACAAAAUGAUUGUAAUUUUACUGACAAAGUUUAA